AUGGCCGUGCUUGAAGAGGAUGCCCGCGUCCUUGUCGACCAGUGCGAGUGGCGUGUCUUGUACCGACCCGAUGGAUCCUCGUACAGAAGGCGAGUCAAGGACUGUCAAGUGUCCACGUGCAGGUGGUCAGACAACUACAUCGGCAGGUGGUCAGACAAUUACAUCGGCAGGUGA